AUGUCUGACGAGAGUGAAAUUAGUGAUGAAGAUGAAUCCACUGGAAUGGUAAAACAAACUGAAACACAAGACGUUUACAUCAUGCCUGCAAAUGAUGGUGCUAUGACGGAUGAAGAUUCUGGCGAAGAAGAAAGCGUGGAUAUCUCUAAUCUUCCUGGAACACAGCUAACUGCUUUUGCAGUGUUAGAUUCCACAGUGUCGCAAGAUGAUGUAGAUGAAAAUGUUGAAAGACAAGCAUCCCAGAAAAAGAAAAUCAUAAAACUCAGAAAAUGGAAAGCACAGGAUCUCCCAGAAAAGACAAAUGUUCCAUGUUACCCAUAUAAACCAUCAAUUGCUGAUAUUCCACGUAAGCCUAGUGAGACCCUUGAGCUUUUCUUGGAUGUAUUAGCUAUUGAUCACCUUGUGAAACAAACUGUAAACUAUGCAGUACAGAAUGGUGAACAUUCAUUUGCGCUGACAAGUGAUGAAAUGAAAACCUUCAUAGGAAUUUUGUUAGUGUCAGGCUACUGUUGCGUUCCACGUCGCAGACUGUAUUGGCAGAGACAACCAGACGUGUACAAUGAGCUUAUUGCUGACUCCAUGCGCCGCGAUCGCUUUGAUGAGAUCAUGAAAUAUUUUCAUGCUGCAGACAACACAAAGCUUCCCAAAAAGGACAAGUAUGGCAAAGUUUCUCCCCUCAUGGAAAUCCUGAAUGGCAACUUUCUCAAGUACGGGGAAGUAUUUGGGCCAAUAAAUAUAUCCAUUGAUGAGUCAAUGAUACCUUAUUUUGGUCGGUAUCCCACAAAACAGUUCAUCAGGGGAAAACUUGUACGAUGGGGUUAUAAAGCAUGGGUUGCAGCUGAUCCAAAUGGUUAUGUUUUUGAUAUAUCUGUUUACCAAGGCAAAGAUGGUGCUAAGGAUAAGGCUAAUGCAUCUUAUGGACUUGGUGGAAAAGUUGUACUUGAUGUUUUGGAUGUGAUAGUAAAACGUUAUCCAACAAAGAAGUUAUCCCUUUACUUUGAUAACUUCUUCACAUCCCUCAAACUUGUAGAAAAAAUCAAGAGCAUGGGUCAUGAUGCUACUGGCACACUAAGAAAAAACCGAAUCGAAAAAUGCCCAUUUACAAAUCCUGCAAAGUUUAUGAAAUUACCUAGGGGAACUGAAGAACAUUUUUGUGAUGCUGAAUCUGGGAUAAUUGCAGCACGCUGGCAAGAUAAUGGCAUUGUAACAAUUGCAUCAUCUGAGUAUGGAGUAUCACCACUAGUGAAGGCUGAACGCUAUGUUGCUUCUCAGAAGAAACAUAUGAAUGUUUUGAUGCCAAAUGCCAUCCAUCAGUAUAAUCGGAAAAUGGGUGGUGUUGAUAGGGUAGAUCAAAAUAUUGCUCAGUACAGGCCCUCUAUUCGUGGGAAAAAGUGGUACUUUCCAAUUAUCACAUACUUGUUUACAGUAUGUGUAAACAAUGCCUGGAUUUUUGCAAGAGAAGGAGGUUACAAAGAGGAUAUGUUGUCAUUCAUACGUGCUGCUGCUACUGAAUGGCUACAGAAUCACGGCAAAAAGCCAAAUAAUCCAGGAAGAUCACGAUCAGUUCUCAGUGUUGCAGGUGUAUCGGCACAAAUGCGCUAUGAUAAUGUUGGGCAUUACAUCGUGAAAUCGGAUCCUCCAAAACGCUGUCGUUGCAGGUUGUGCAACAGUCAGACUGUAUUCAUAUGCCAGAAAUGUAAAGUAUACCUGCAUCAAAAGUGUUCAGUGCAGUACCAUACCAUGUAG